CACUUUCACCUCUCACGUCUCCAGUCUCCACUCUCACUCUUCGUUGAGCCACCGCCACUUCCGUUCAGCCACCGCCGCUGUCGCAACAUCCGUUGAGCCAACAUCACCCAGCUCUGUUCGCGCAGCCACGGACCGUCGCGAAGUCAGCCUUUGAAAAUCGCAGCCACUGGCAUCGCCAGCUUCCGUCGCGCAGUGUCUUCCCCCCACCGCCGCCAGCUCUGUUCGACACUUUCCGUCGCGCCACUGUCCCCGCCAGCUCUGCAUUUUUCCAGCUCAGAAUCGCACCAGCUCCUCAUCCUCCUCCGUCGCCGCCUCUGACCACCGCCCUUUUCUUCUCUACCGCUGGAACCACGCUCCUUGUUCCCUGAAGCCACUAGCAAGUCACGCUCUAUUCCAGACAACCGUCCUGCGAGCUCGCCGACACCACAACCUUCGCACACGCCGCCGUCUGCCUUCGUCUUUCUCCGCUGGUGCCAACAUGGAGGGUUUAGGCAGCCAUGCUAUGAUGGACUCAACGGAGUUGAAGGUUAGUGAGUUAUUGAAAGAGGUCCACCUUUAUCAUUCCUCUCACUUCUCCAGCAUCGUUGAUAAAACCGUCUCCGCCAUAAAGUCAUGCAUCGACGAAAUCCCCGUUGACUUCAAGGUAACUGCGGAUGUAGCACCGAAAUUCGUGAGGGACAUUGGUGCAGAUAAGGUUGACUUCAUGUUUAAGAAGCCAUCACUCAUCGAAAUCGGAGGCAGUUAUUCUAUUCAGAAUCUCGUUAGACCUGAGCUCAAUGUUGAUCUUAUUAUCAGGUUACCCAAGGGGUGUUUCCACGAGAAAGAUUACUUAAAUUAUAGGUACCAUGCCAAAAGGUGCCUUUAUCUCUGCUUGAUCAAGAAGUACUUGGAGGCUUCUCCAUCUAUUGGUAAGGUUGAAUGGUCUACCUUUCAGAAUGAAGCCCGAAAGCCUCUGCUGCUUGUUUAUCCAGCUGCAAAGGUUGCUGAAGUUCCUGGUCUUUUUGUAAGAAUCAUUCCGUCAGCUACGUCUCUAUUUACCUUAUCAAAGCUGAACAUGAAGCGUAAUAACAUUCAUAAUUUGAAUCAUGGGACCACACUUCAGGCUACGCCAAAGUACAAUUGUAGCAUUCUGGAAGACAUGUUUCUAGAGGAUACAGAAUUUGUCAACAAAACAUUUCUUGGUUGGAAGGAAAUAAGAGAGGCUUUGAUCCUGCUUAAGGUUUGGGCUCGACAGAGAAGUUCAAUAUAUGUUCAUGAUUGCCUGAAUGGGUUUUUGAUUUCUGUCAUACUGGCAUAUCUUGCUUCUAGGCAACAAAUCAGCAAUUCAAUGAAGGCAAUCGAAAUAGUUCGGGUUACUUUGAACUUCAUUGCUUCGGAGUCGUGGAGCCGAGGGCUAUACUUUCCAAAGACAGGCCUGAGUAGUAUUACAAAAGAGGAAAAGAUUCAGCUUAAAGAGUCAUUUCCUGUUAUCAUAUGCCAUCCAUCUGGAGGAUUCAAUUUGGCUUUCCGAAUGUCUAGAAAUGGUUUAAAUCAGCUUCAAGAUGAGGCUGCUUUGACACUUAAGUGCAUGGAAAAGUGUAGAGAUGGCGGAUUUGAGGAAGUUUUUAUGACCAAGAUAGACUAUGCGGUUAAAUACGACUAUUGCAUAAGAUUAAAUUUGAAGGGAAAGAAGGAGGUAUAUGUAUCAGGAUUUUGUUUGGAUGAUGAGUGCUGGAGAUUGUAUGAGGAGAAAGUACAUGGUAUUUUAGCCAAAGCGUUGAAUGACAGAGCAAAGUCGAUCCAAGUUACAUGGAGAAACACACAAUGCCAAUGGAGUGUGAAUGAUGGAUUGUCUGUACUUGAUAAAGAACCAUUGUUCAUAGGAAUUUCAGUGAGUACUUUGGAGAAAGCAUUUAGGAUAGUUGAUAUUGGCCCAAAUGCUGAAAGUAAAGAUGAGGCUCUGGAGUUCCGGAAGUUUUGGGGAGAGAAAGCAGAGCUUAGAAGGUUUAAAGAUGGUAGAAUUGCUGAAAGCACAGUAUGGGAAAGUGACCAAUGGUCAAGGCAUCUUGUUUUGAAAAGAAUAGUUGAGCAUGUGAUUGGUCGACAUCUUUCUCUAUCCAUGGAAAAUAUUAUAGGUGCUGUUGAUCAACUGGAUUUCUCUUACCUCUUAUUAAUAACUGCCAUGUUUUUGAAAUGAUUAACUCUUGGAGAUCCUGUAUCAUACUCUGGAAAUUUGCUUGGGGCAUUUGAUCUUUUAUCAAAGCGCUUGCGUCUUAUUGAAGACCUCCCUUUGAAGGUGUCAAGUGUACAACCUUUAGACUCUGCUUUCAGGCUUACAUCAGUCUUCCCUCCUGAACCUCAUCUUCUAGCUAAUGAAAAAUUUGAAUCUCUGAGACUUAAUAAGUAUGUUCCAUCGUGCAUUCAACCUCUGGAAGUCAUGAUUCAGCUGGAGGGUUCUGGAAACUGGCCCAUGGAUGAAAUUGCUAUUGAAAAGACAAAAUCUAGUUUUCUUAUUCAAAUCGGAGAGAGUCUUCAGAAGACAUGGGGGGUGACAUGUACUGCCACUGAGAAUGAUGUAGAUGUUUUGAUGGCUGGAUAUGCAUUUCGUCUUAAAAUUUUGCACGAAAGGGGACUUAAUCUGUUAAACAAGGAAGCAGGAAAUGAUCAAGCAAAGCGUGUUCAUUCUACUGACAAGAAACUUUUUAUUCAUAGUCAGCAUGCAAGCAUGAUCAAUGGUUUACAACGUCGUCACCCAAUAUAUGGGACAGUAGUGAGACUUGCAAAACGAUGGGUUUCUUCACAUUUAUUUUCAGCUUGCUUGUUAGAGGAGGCUGUUGAGCUAUUGGUUGCAUAUGUCUUUCUGAAUCCCUUUCCGCUUGGUGUUCCUUGCGCAAGAAUCAAUGGGUUUUUAAGGUUCCUGAGAUUACUCUCACAGUAUGAUUGGACUUAUUCACCAUUGAUUGUUGACAUAAAUAAUGACUUAAGCCCAAGUGAUGAGAAAGAAAUAAAUGAUAACUUUUUGCUAAGAAGGAAAGGUCAAGGAGAGAAUGGGAAAAGUACGGAAGCAGGAAUGUUCUUAGCUACAGUUUAUGAUAAGGCAUCUGAGUCUUGGACUGGAGUAUCACCAAGUGUUCUGGAACUUAAAAGGUUAGUUGCAUAUGCCAGAAGCAGUGCAAAUUUGUUGACAAAACUCACUUUUCAGGAGGAGGUUGGUCCAUAUAGAUGGGAGUGCCUUUUUCGAACUCCUUUAAACAAUUAUGAUGCCAUAAUUCUUCUCCACAAGGCCAAACUCCCAUAUCCCCAAAGACUUCUCUUUCCAUCUGAAGCUGAUAAUGGAAAACUCAUUGCUAGAGGGCAUGCUAGCAAGUCUUUUCAACCCUUCUUGUUGCCUAAAGAUUUGAAGGGUAAACCAGCAGCACUUAAAAAUAAGUUGCUUAUAGACUUUGAUCCAUCAAGGUUCUUUGUCAGAGAUUUAGAGGCAAAGUUCUCCAACACAUUCAAGGUAUGGCAUGAUUCUCUGGGAGGUGAUGUAAUUGGCCUAACGUGGGUAGAAUCUUACUCUUCAAAGAAGCGGAAGCAAGAGACAGAUGUGAAUGAAGCACACAACCCACCCAAGGUUUUAAAAGCAGUGGGUCAAGUUGGGAAAGGGUUUGUGAGGAGCAUAUGCUUUCUAAAGCCUCCAAAGCUCACAAACUAAUCCUUAUUCCAUUUUUGUUUUCCCUCCAGUUGUCAAUAUGAUUACGAGAUAAUUUUCGAGGUCAUUAAUAUGAUCAAUUAUAAAAUUAUCACUGAUUAUUGUGGAGGAAGUGGUUGAAUAUAGUACCGGUUGUGUGCAGCACAAGAAUACAAUUUUGGUAGGUAGAAGAGUUGUUGCAGAUUGGUGUGUAUAAUAUUUAUAUUUGUCACUAUAACCACAAGUCCUCCACAGCUCGGCAGCUCAACAAGUAUGAAGAGCUUAUGUUUUCCAUUAGUGUAAUCUGAUUGGCAUAUUAAUGUAUGCUUUUUGGGAAAUUUUAUUUAUUUAUAUUCUUUUCACGGUCCUUUGAAAAGAAGGCUGGAAAAUGUAAUGCUAUAUCUGAAUAUUAGCGCAACCGUUAUUUAGAUUCAAUACAGAAGUCCUAAUAUUGCCCAAUUAAA